CUUAAUGAAAUCUGAGUGAAUUGUAAAUAAAGUAGCUCUCACACUCUUUGGCCUGGUCUCGUCUGGUCUAACCCUGGCAUUCAACCACCAAAAACAAAAGAAAAAAGAUCGAUCCAAUUUAUUUUUGGGUGAGUUGACCGAGCACCUCAGUUCGGCCGCGCUUAAUUGUCUCCGAUGGGGUGCGGGAACUUGUUCUUCAUAUUGGUAAUCACAUGUUCGACAGCACUCAUCACAUACAGCAUAAUAAUAAUAUCAGCAAAUGCACCUCUGAAGCAAGAUUUUCCAGACCCAACUUUGUUCAGCUCGGAACAACACAUGAUCAUUAUAAACAAGAAAAGCAACACACGGCUUUUCCACACGGCUGUUACAUCCUCUGACUCUGUGUACAACACGUGGCAGUGCAGGGUGAUGUAUUACUGGUUCCUCAAACAGAAAGAUAAACCUAAUUCUGCUAUGGGAGGUUUCACCAGAAUCUUGCAUUCUGGGCAGCCCGAUACAUUCAUGGAACAGAUCCCCACUUUUGUUGCUCAGCCUCUCCCUUCUGGAAUGGAUCAGGGGUACAUAGUUCUAAACAGACCUUGGGCAUUUGUGCAGUGGCUUCAGCAAACACACAUUGAAGAAGACUAUAUAUUGAUGUCUGAGCCGGACCACAUUAUGGUGAAGCCGAUCCCGAAUUUAGCUAGAGAUGGGAUGGGAGCUGCAUUCCCUUUCUUUUAUAUUGAGCCUAAAAAGUACGAGUCUGUGCUAAGGAAGUUCUUCCCCGAGGAAAGAGGACCUAUAACUAACAUCGAUCCCAUUGGGAACUCCCCAGUCAUUGUGGGGAAGGAUGCUCUAAAAAAGAUAGCUCCAACUUGGAUGAAUGUUUCAUUGUCAAUGAAGAAUGAUGCUGAAGCAGAUAAAGCUUUUGGAUGGGUCCUUGAGAUGUAUGCAUAUGCUGUAGCAUCAGCUUUACAUGACGUGCCUAACAUCUUGCACAAGGAAUUCAUGAUUCAGCCCCCUUGGGAUACAACAACAGACAAGACUUACAUAAUUCAUUACACAUACGGAUGCGACUAUGAUCUGCAGGGUAAGUCGACAUAUGGAAAGGUUGGAGAGUGGAGAUUUGACAAAAGAUCAUAUCAGAAUAGUUGGCCUUCUAGAAAUCUAUCUAUGCCGCCUCUUGGUGUCCCUGAAAGUGUGGUAACUUUGGUGAAAAUGGUGAAUGAAGCCACUGCAAAUAUCCCAGACUGGGGAUCUUAGAACUAACCAAAUGUUGUUUGUAACAAGUAAUCGGGAAAACUAAUGCUAAUUGUUAGGAGUUGCUCUCUCAUCGUUUAUUUAAUUAGGAUUCUUCGAAUGAUUCUACGUACUACACACAGAUACACACACACACACAAAAAAAGAGGGAUGGAUUAUGUCCUGAUGGCUUGUAAAGCUAACCUCUUUUGUACAAUAUACGAAAAUCACUACUUAAAACUGUAAAAUGAAUGAUGAUGUUUUAAUGUUGA